AUGAUGCAAUGCAGCAACGUCGAAGAUGCUCCUCACAUGGCCAGUGCUUGUGCCCUUCAGCAGAUUGGUAGUGUUACGUUUGAUCAUAUUGUUUCUGCUGCUCGAUCAGAUACUGAAUAUCAGACGUUACUAAAGUUCAUUGCUCGCGGCUUUCCUGGGAAGCGCAACUUAGUGGAACCAGCAUGUAUGCGUAAGUACUGGGAAGUCCGCCAUCGCCUCUCAACCUUCCAAGGUGUUGCCUUGUUAGAUCAACGCCUGAUCAUUCCUGCGAAACUCAGAAACGUUGUCCUGAGCAAUUUACACUCAGCAAACCAAGGCACGACAGGCAUGAAAUUCCGUGCAUACCAGUGUGUGUAUUGGCCAGGCAUGGACAGAAGUAUACAAAUCCACCGUGAAACCUGUCAAGAUUGUAUUUGACAUGCACCCUCCCAUCAUGCGGAACCUUUAGUGCUAACUCCAAGUCCAUCCUACCCAUUUCAACAAGUGUGUGCCGAUUAUUUUCAAAUCGAGGGCCACUCGUAUCUCGCGGUUGUCGAUCGAUUCAGCGGCUGGCUUUGCAUUCAAAGCACACAAAGUCAAUCAUCGGACUCUCCAGCAUAUAUUCCGCGACCUUUUUAUCGCUUAUGGUGUCUCUGAAGAACUGAGCACCGAUGGUGGCCCACAGUUCACUGCUGAAGCUUUUCAGCAAUUCCUGAAGUUAUGGGGCGUCAAUCAUCGGCUUUCAUCAGCAUCCUACCCACAAAGUAAUGGAAGAGCAGAAGUGGCUGUUAAGGCUGCUAAACGCAUUAUUCACAACAACCGCUCGUCAGAUGGUGGACUUAACACCGAUACGGCUGCUCGCGCCAUACUCCAGUAUCGUAACACUCCAUUACCAGAUAUCGAGCUGAGCCCUGCCCAAAUUUUGCUUCACCGUCAACUACGUGACAGUAUUCCAGCCCAUCCUGCUCACUAUCAGCCCCAUAAGGAGUGGGUCCUUACAGCCGAGGAGCGUGAAAAAGCACUCAGCAAGCGAAAUCACAUCUUGGUCAAGAACCAUGAUACUACAGCACGCAAGCUUCGGCCCCUUGUUCUUGGCACCAAUGUGGUCGUGCAAGGGGAAACCAAGAGAUGGGAGCAUACUGGCAGAAUCGUAGAAGUGUUACCCUAUCGGCAGUAUAGAAUUAGAAUGUUUCAUUCUGGAAGAGUGAUCCUCAGAAAUAGGCGAUUCCUUCGCGAAUACACAACAAUCCACCCAGAAGAUAUUCACCCCUUGUCCAUAGAACCACCAGCGUCAGCUCCUGCACCAUCUACUCCUGCUCUUGAGUCCGCACCUUCUACUCCUGCACCACCUACUCCUGCACCACCUACUCCUGCACCACCUACUCCUGCACCACCUACUCUCGCACCCUCUACUCCAGCAUCACCUAUUCUCAUUCCCGAGUCAGAAUGUUCCGUCCCCAGUAGUUCUAACCUACCAACACAGUCUCAGGGAAUUGCACUAGGUGACAGUCAGCAAACAGCUGUCACACAAAAACUCCCAAGAGCUUUAAAGAACUUACAAAGCUUCAAUAAGCAAGGACUUAAAGAUCACUUCCCUCUAGGAGGAAGGAGAUGA